GUCCACAUGCUAAUAGCAGUUAGCACGUUGUAUGAAUAUUUAUUCAAUAUUUGGUCAUAGAAGAAGUCUAGACUCUUACAUUCUAUACAGUAGGCGCCAGUACUCUUUCGUGGUGUUUUGCACCCCGCGUACACAUGUAUAUGCCACACUGAUUUGUGUUUCAAUCGUAUUAACAAUUUGAAUUUGUAGCUAGCUGUUAGCAUAGCUCGACAAGCUAAUAUCCCUCCGCCCAACUACGACGCAACACGAGGGGGAGCGGAAGAACACAGACACAGCAGCCAUAUCACACAGCGUCAGACAGCGUGCCGACUGCUAAACUGCUAGCCGCUAGCUGCCAGUCAAAGAUCAGUUUCUUGCUUUGUUUGUGGAAAAGACGCCACUUUGCGAUUAGAAUUUCACUCAAUUAAGACUUUAUUCGAAACUUUAAAGCUACAGAAAAGUUGAAUACAAUAUCUUUGAUGGGCAGAUGAUGGAAUCCAUGGAUGCAGAUUCCGACUCACUGAUGGAAUAUGACGAGGCGGAGCAAGAAAAGGAGUUCCCUGAAGAAGCCAGUUUUUGUUCCAGCAGACGAGGAUGUAGAUAUGAAAGAGGACGCCCCGGCAGUGAGAGUCAUCCCCAUCCCACUGCUGUCCGUCAACAGCCCCCAAACACUCAACAACACAGUGAAGCCAUCCGGCUCCCUUCUCAGUUUCAUGGUCAAUGGUCGCCAUGUUCCCCCUGCAGGGGGCAGAACAGAGCUGAAGCUGCACUUUCACCCUGGCGGCACAUCCAGCGGCUUUGUCACAGUUCAAGUGACACCCGCUGCCGGCGUCACAUCGUCACCUCCUCCUACUGAGCCCACCCCAAUCAUCACAGGUGUAGUUUCGGGUGAAGCUGCUCAGAAAGUUUUUAAUGAGCACAAGCUGAACGUUAUUUCCCAGAAGCAUGAGCCCAGUGACACUCCCCCCCACUUCCCACGCCGAUCUGCACUGGCCAAAACAGGCAUAUCCAAAGGUCCCAUCCGUCCUUUCAAAUGUCUCGUGUGCUCUUCUCAGUUCAAACUGAUCCCAGCGUUGCGAGGGUUCAUAUGUCUGUGCAGUCCAACCAUCGCUGAGAGUCUGCAGAAGAUGAAGAAGCAGCAGCAGCAGAAGAAGAAGAGACACAAGAGGCACAAAGAGAAGAACACCUGCAAAGUGUCCAGGACGCAUACGGCCGCCGUGUCUUCUGUCAGGCUGUCCUCCAUGAACAUCUCCAUGAAUAAACUUGUUUUAAGGUAUAGGUCACAUGACGUCUUUGUCCCUCAGACUGACGUCACCCUGAAGACACCCCUCCUCUCUGAUGAUGCGCUCCCAGAGCAGUUGGCCAGCCCCACCCCUCCCGGCACCCCGCAGCUCAUCCAGGAAGAACCAGCCCAUCCUGGAAAACUGGUCAUAAUGUUGGACGAGUUCUACUAUGGAUGUGAUGCUGGACAGAGCCGCGACGCAGACCAUCUGCAUGUGGUCAGGCAUUUGGGAACGUACCGCUGCAUCUACUGCCUUCAGACGCUCCUCAACAACAUCAAACUGAUGUCACACAUGAAGAUGCACGCUUCCAAGAUGGCCGAACAGGACCAAGGCGUGGAUUCUGUUUCCUCUUGUCCUGACUGCUUCCGUCGCUUCAGCUCUUCGUUUGCACUGCAGUGCCACAUGGAGACUGUUCAUGCUCAAUACGAGUCCAGUGCCAAAUGUAAGAUUUGUGAGCUGAAUUUUGGCAGUGAGCCAUCCUUACUGAUACACAUGAAGACCACUCAUGAAGCAGGAGAGAUGCCAUACGUCUGCCAGGUGUGUGACUUCAGGUCGUCCUUCUACUCAGACGUGUGGAAUCACUUUGAGGAGGUUCACGCUGACACCAAAAACCUGAUGUGUCCUUACUGUCUGAGAGUCCUACAGAGCAGCUCCUGCUACCAGCAGCACAUUGCUAGACAUCAGGAAAAAUUUGCGUUUGGCUGCGAUAAGUGUCGUCUUCACUUCCUGUACAUUAAAGAGCGUCUGCAGCACAAACAGCUGCAUCACAGCACACACAUCACUCCUACACAACUCACAGAACUCAAGCCGGGAACCAAGGUGACGAUCAGGACGUACUCCGUAGUCGCAGAGAAUGAGAAGGGUCGCACUCGAACGCUUGUCCCAUGUAAGGUGGUCGAUGUUGAGGACGCCCUGCCUCCACGGGAAACUCUAAAGAGGAAACCAAGGGAGAGUUUGGGACACCUGCUCUCCGACCUCAACAGUGAGGAGGACGAUGUCGUUCGUCCUACCUGCCGGUGUGUGGAGUGUCUGAAGUACAUCGAGAAGUUCACUGCUCACUUCCCGUCUGUGGUCCACUGCUCAUUGUGUACGUUCACCACGUGCUGCUCCUGUGCCUACGCCAACCACAUGAUCGACGAGCACACCCUCUCCAAGAAGAAGCCUCGCUACCCCAGCAUCUUCCAGCUGCACAAGAGGCUGCAGGAGGAGUUGAGUUGCAUGUCAUGUUCGUAUUGCACCUACAUAGGAGACCUGAUGGCCGCUCACCUGAUUAAUCAGCCAGGGCACCUGUGUGUCACGUCAGGACACUCUAAGAGGAUCUCAAAGGCUGAUAACAAAUCACCAACGUGGAGCUCUCACAGUGUAGCAUCACCAAAGGAUGUUGGAGGAGCUUUCGUCCCCAUCCACCUGCUGCCAUCCCAUCAGCCCAGCCACCAGCUGUCAAUCAAAGCUCUCACCUCCCCCUUCACCCUGUCCUCUCCUGCCGCCAUGACGAUCAAGGUCCUGAGGCCCCUCUCACAGCCUGAAGAGGUGAAUGAGAAAAGAAAUGCGGCAAUGCCUCUGUCGGUGAAGUUGCUGCCAUCGCAAGAGCGCCUCCAGGCUUACGAGGAGUGGGAGUGGCGGGUGGCCAGGUGGGUGCUGACUCGGCGCGAGCAGCAGCUGCAUAUCAGCAAGGACGUGCUGCUGCAAACCGGCGAAAGCGUGGUGCGGGGCGACGACCGCGCCGCUGAGAGUUACCGGCGGGUCGUCGACUUCCUGUUCCACCAACCGCAGCCGAGCAACAAACAUGGCCACCUGCCCAGGAAGGUCCUGUUGGAGGUCAUGGAGAACAGCCGGACCUUCAUCCUGUCUCUGUGCUCACAAAUCCAGAGUGCAGCUCUUCUUCCUCGCAGCGUCGGCUUCAUGGAUGAGCUCUCGAUCUUCGUGAACGUGGACCAGUUCUCCCGCCAAAACCCGGCAGCCUUUAAGCUGCUGGGCUUGCCCGGCGAGACGCCGCUGUUUGACGUGGUUCUGUCCGCUCUGUCCGACGGGACGUCCCUCACGCCCAUGCUCUUCUUUCGAGGAGAGCCGAUAGACAUUCCCGAAGGAUUCCCGGACAACGUGCUGCUGGAGGCGCGGCGUGGCGGCUUCACAGAUGCAGAGCGCCUCCAUUUGUGGACCGAAAAGGUGUGGCGCCUCCGCCCACAGUCCAACAAGUCCAAGUCCCUGCUGAUGGUGGAUGUCUAUCGAGGUCACGUGACAGACGGCUUCAAGAGCGGCCUGAGCGCCACCUCCACAGAUGCCAUCUUUAUUCCCGCCGGGUGCUGCUCCCGCCUGCAGCCGCUGGAUGUGUGUGUGAAGCCCGUUCUCCACAACUUCCUGCAGGGCCGCUGGAAUCAUCUGGUGUGCAACGGUGGUCUGGAUGGUCUGGGUCUGGGCCAGCUGGCUUUGACUAUGGCCUGCUGGCUCAGCGAGGUGUCGUCCACCCUGAGCUCCGACGCAUGCAUCUUGAAAAGGUCCUUCGCCUCGGUGUGUCACCUCCAGAAGGAGCAGAAGGACACUGAUGUGAUGAUCCAAAUCUUGACGGGCAAGCUCAUGCAGCCUGUUCCUUCUCCUCCACCUCCUAAAUCACUGCACUUCCUGCUGGUGCUGCACGAGCCCAACCAAAGCCUGGACCAGAAGCACAACUCUCAAGGGGGCAACCCUCAAGGGGGCAACCCUCAAGGGGGCAACCCUCAAGGGGGCAACCCUCAAGGGGGCAACCCUCAAGGGGGCAACCCUCAAGGGGGCAUCUCUCAAGGGGGCAUCUCUCAAGGGGGCAUCUCUCAAGGGGGCAUCUCUCAAGGGGACAUCUCUCAAGGGGACAUCUCUCAAGGGGACAUCUCUCAAGGGGACAACUCUCAAGGGGACAACUCUCAAGGGGACAACUCUCAAGGGGACAACUCUCAAGGGGACAACUCUGAGAACACAUAAAGAAGUAAACUGUGUCACAAUGGCGACUCCUGGUGGUCGUGUCUUAUUGUUCGCUUAUGAACUUCAUGUUGAAUUCUGAGAAUUUUCUUUUACGUUUAUCAAAUAAAGAGAAUGUUUAAUGGAACCGCUCUGAGGGUUC